CGGGCUGUGACGUCACCAUCGUCGCAGACAUGGCGGAAGUAAAAGUGUUUCCAUUGUGCUGUGUGGUGCAGAGCUAUGCCUGGGGUAAAGUGGGUCUGGACAGUGAGGUGGCCCGGCUGGUGCUCGGUGGAGACCCUCAGGCUCUCAUAGAGGAGGCCAGACCCUACGCAGAGUGCCUGGGGUCAAAGGUCAAAGACACAUUCCACGGGCAGCUCCCGUUCCUUUUCAAAGUGCUGUCCGUCAACACGGCUCUGUCCAUCCAGGCGCAUCCCAACCGGGAAUUGGCUGCUAGACUCCAUGCACAGUUUCCUGAACAUUAUCCAGACAACAACCACAAACCGGAGAUGGCCAUCGCUCUCACUCGGUUUGAAGGUCUCUGCGGCUUUCGGCCGAUGGAUGAAAUCUUGGGCUUCCUCAAAAAUGUCCCAGAGUUCCGCGCGCUGGUCGGUAAUGAAGCUGCUGAGGAGCUCCAGAGCGCCGAUGGAGACCCGUGCCGGACGUCUCUCGCUCUGAAGAAAUGUUUCACCAGGAUGAUGAACUGUGAGAAGAAGCUGUUCGUUGAUCAGCUCAACAUGCUGGUCAAACGCAUCUCAGAGGAAGAUGCUGCAGGCAAAGACACCUCCGGAAGUAAUGGAGAACUGCUGCUGCGGCUGCAUUCCCAGUAUCCGGGGGACAUCGGAUGCUUUUCCAUUUACUUCCUGAACCGUAUCAUGCUGCAGCCGGGGGAGGCCAUGUUCCUGGGAGCAAAUGAGCCUCACGCUUAUCUGUCUGGAGGUCAGAGGUCAAUCCCCACCUCGGCGCGGCAGUACACUGUGAGCGCACUGGACUCCGCCAGCAUCCUGCUGGUCAUCGACGGAGAGGCCGUCGCCACGUCUGCUGCGGCCCUCUCUGACAUCACUCUGACACGAGGCUCUGUGCUUUUCAUUUCAGCCAAUGAGAGCGUCUCUUUACAGGUGACAUCAUCGUCAGGCAUGACCAUGUUCAGAGCCUGCUGCUUACUGUAGGAGACGUCCGCUUCAUAAAAGUAAUCUGUUCUGUCCUGAUCUAAACCAACAGGUCAAACAAAGUUCAAGUAGAAAUCCCAUGGUCACGUGUUUUUGGCUUCAUCUCGAACAUGCAUGGCGAAUAACCUCGAUUAAAGGAACAGUUCACCCAAAAAUGAAAAUUCUGUCAUUUACUCAGACUCAAGUCGUUCCAAGACUGUAUGAGUCUCAUUCUUCCACUGAAAACAAAAGAAGAUAUUUUAAAGAAUGUUAGUAAGAAAAUAGUUUCUGGUCGCCAUUGACUUCCUUAUUUUUUUCCACACUAUGGAAGUCAAUAUGCACCAGCAACUGUUUACUUACUUGGAACAACUUGAGAGUAAAUGAUGACAGAAUUUUCAUUUUUGGGUGAACUAUCCUUUUAAGUUGGAGUAUUAUGAUGACAUUUAGUGUUAAAGUAGCUAUGCUUAAUCAAUAAAUAACAAAAUAUGUAAUGAAACGGAUUGAAUUAUGAUUCUGCAACAUGAAAACCUCUGCAUGUUCUUUUGAAAUAUGUAAAAGUAUAUAAUUCCUUUGAGUCAGCAUGAAAUGCUGUUCACACCAUUUUGCUUUAAUAAUGUGACAUUUACGAGAAAAAAAAAAUGUAGGAUGGAAUUUGGUUGGACGAUAAAAUGUGGGAGUUCCAGAAUGAAGUCAGACCAGAAUGAGAGUUUAAACCACCAGCAUUAAAGCAACAGUUCAUCCAAAAAUGAG